AUGGAGAUCGGCGUGAGCGGGAACGCCCUCAAGACCUUCGCCCGCUCCAUCACGUGCCUCGCACGCGUCGGCAACGAGCUCGCCAUCCAAGCCUCCUCUUCUCAGCUGGCUUUUCACACGCUCAAUGCGUCGAGGUCUGCCUAUCAGUCGAUCACGUUUAAGCCUGACUUCUUUGAUGUCUACAAUGUUGCUGGUGACCUGGUGCAAUGUAGUGUGCUUUUAAAGGCUGUUUGUGCUGUGCUGAGGACGCCUAUAGGAAGCAUAGAUCAUUUGAGUGUGAAUUUGCCUGAUGCCGAUGCGUCAAAAGUGCAAUGGACUUUAGAAUGCUAUAGUGGUAUGAGGAAAUCCUAUUGGAUCAUUUGCAAUGUUGAACCCGACAUACAACUUUUGGCACUUGAUAGGACAAAAUUCCCUAGCAGCCUAGUAGUGAGGCCUCGAGAUCUCAACAGAUUGCUAGCUAAUUUUCAGUCAUCACUUCAAGAGAUUACUAUCUUUGCGACAGAGCCAACUUCCUUACCUUCGGAUGCAGCAAGUGAAAUUGGAGGAAAAGCGGUUGAACUUAGAAGUUACAUUGACCCAACCAAAGAUAAUGACUCAUUACUGCAUACUCAAUUAUGGAUAGACCCUACAGAAGAGUUUGUGCAGUAUACCCACACGGGAAACCCUGUAGAUGUGACUUUUGCCAUGAAGGAGUUGAAGGCAUUUCUCUCGUUCUGUGAAGGCUGUGAAGUUGAAAUUCACUUGUACUUUGAGAAGUCUGGAGAGCCUAUUCUCAUGGCACCAAGAUUUGGUCUUGAUGAUUCAUCCACUUCAAAUUUUGAUGCUACACUGGUACUUGCAACCAUGCUAGCAUCACAGCAAGGAGCUGCUGAAGUGCACAUCCAGGAUGAGAAUGGCAUGGGGUCAGAAGCGCAGCAUCAAAGGACAAAUGUCCCUGAGCAUUCAUCUGAUCACACAAGAAUGUGGUCUGAUCUUACAGGAAGUGGUGCAAAAAAUAGUAGUGGUGCAGAAUUAGGCCAGGUUCAAGGGGAAAGAGAUUUGAAUGCCAGUGCACAGCGAGAUAUUCAGAGGUUUAACACAAUGCAUAUAUCAAAGGCUGCGUCUGCUGGGGGAAAUGAGCCUGAUGGUAUUAACAUCUGCAACCCUGUUGGGAAGAAUCAUAUGGAAGAGCCUCAAGAUAGGUCAAAUAUCAUUGGUAAUGGCUUAUCACAACGUCAUCCGAGCAACUGGGUAGAUGCAGAUGAAGAUGAUAAUGAAGAGGAUGGCGAGGAGGAUGAAAUGUGCAUCCAGUCAACACCACCUUACUAUGAAGAACAUUAGGAUGCUUUUGGGUAGGACCCAUUAGAUCCUAGUGGAAAUGUG